GCAUUUGUCCUUUUCACUCGCAUCACGUAACGUUCGCCGGCAGUGUCCUUAUUCAAGAUGUCGGCUGCGUCUAUGUUCCCCAUGUGUGUGCGAGCGAGCCGGGGCCUCUUGAGGCUCAGGGGCGGGAGCCCGGCGGUCUCAUGCCCGGCUGUUGUGGACAUCGUCCGGACACUCUCCACGGACAAGCCGGCGGCCGGGGAUGGUGGUGCUACGGGCGGACUGGCUCAGGCUAUCCUCCAGGAGAGGCUCCAGCAGCAGCAGCAACACAGGAGUCAGGGCCAGCCCCCUCCUGAGGGAGGGGAGGGGGAGAAGGAAGGCGAGCAGACAGAGGACAAGAAGCAGAAGGAGAACACCGCCUAUGCCAAGAAGAUGGUGCUGAGGCUGGCCGGCAUCAUGGGACUGGGCGGUGCGGUGGGAAUCGUCUACAUUUUCGGUAGCAAUUCAGUGGAUGAACAAGGAAACAAGAUUCCAGACGAGUUCGACAACGACGCUCCGGUCGUGCAGCAGGUCAGAAGAACCUUCAAGUACUUUAAGGACUACAGACAGAUGAUCAUCGAGCCGACGAGCCCGAAGCUGCUGCCCGACCCUCUGAAGGAGCCGUACUACCAGCCGCCCUACACCCUGGUGCUGGAGCUGACCGACGUGCUGCUGCACCCCGAGUGGUCGUUGUCGACAGGCUGGCGGUUUAAGAAGCGUCCCGGUAUCGACUACCUGUUCCAGCAGCUCGCUCCGCUCUACGAGAUCGUCAUCUUCACUGCUGAGACCGGCAUCACGGCGUACCCUCUGAUCGACAGCAUUGACCCGCAGGGUUUCGUCAUGUACCGUCUCUUCAGAGAUGCGACGCGCUACAUGGAGGGACACCACGUCAAGGACGUGUCGUGUCUGAACCGGGACAGCAGUAAGGUGAUCGUGGUGGACUGUAAGCGUGAGGCGUUCAGCCUGCAGCCGUUCAACGGCAUGGCGCUGAAGAAAUGGGACGGCAACUCAGAGGACCGCACGCUCUACGACCUCGCCAACUUCCUAAAGACCAUUGCCCUGAGUGGCGUGGAGGACGUGCGUUCGGUGCUGGAGAACUACGCCCUGGAGGACGACCCCAUCGAGGCCUUCAAGCGCCGACAGGCUCAGCUGGCACAGGAGGAGGAGCAGCGUCUGGCUGAGCUCUCCCAGCAGAAGAAAACGAGUCUGUCUUUUGGCUCCAUCACUUCUCGGUUCUGGCGCUCUAAGCAGCAGUGAGCCCCGCCCCCCUCUCACACAUCCACCAAUCGCAGCCCGGCCCUCCGCCCCCACCCCCUCUCUGGCCGACGGGUGGCGGGUUCGGCGUCGGGGGAGGGGGAAGGGGAGGGGCUAAGAGAGGAAAGAGGAGGAGAUCUGCUUCAACGUGGCCUCUGCCGUCACAACCAACCAAUCACGUCUCGGCGGGCGGGUCUGCGGCGCUGGAACGGAGCGAGGACAUUGGCUCGGCUCCGCACCAGUCAGAGAGGCACUUCCUGGGUCUCGGUGGCGGGGGCGACGGCAGCCCCGCCCCGACUUUAUCGCUCAUUGGUCAUCUUGAUGUCACAGUGAACUGCUGAUUGGUUAAAAAAAAAAAGAGAGAGGGAGAGAGAGAGACGGUGACAUCAGCGUCAGACUGUGUCGUCGGUGCCGGAGGCUGAUCUGAGACCAGCGCUGCUAUCGCAACUCCUGCUCUGGUCUGAGCCUCGGCGCCGCAGCUGACCUGGGAGCAGCACUGCACCGUCCUCCUGCCAUCAUGUUGUUUUACUUCCUGUUUAUGUGGGACUGUUGUGACGGGCUGGCAGACAGCAUGUUGAAAUAAAUCAGAGUUUAUGGAAAGAGACGAUAAAGAACAGCAGCGUUCUUUAGGACUGUCUACAUGUCGGACUCAUGCGCUCGACCCGGCCAAUGGCUCACCAGGACUCAAGAGACGGGCGAGCCAAUGACAGGAGGAGGGAGAGGGAGCAGUGGGCGGGGCUUACACACAGCUCAAAUAAAACAAACUGCUAGCCAGCUGCCGGACAGCGCUGCGUUCGCCUGGGUCUCUGUCGGAAAAUCAAACCCAGUAGACAAACACUGCAAGAUGGCCGUCCUGCGUCUCAGCAAGCUAAUAAACGAAAUUCAUUUAAACAGAUGUUUGUUAUGAUGGUUAGUGUGACCGACUACAAACCUGCAAUAAAAGUGCAUGUGUGUGUAUGUA